CACAUAGGUAGCCCUCCAAAAAAAUCAUCCAGUUUUCUAAAUUAUGGAAAUUUUGUGGAAGACGUUGACCUGGAUUUUGAGCCUCAUCAUGGCUUCAUCGGAAUUUCAUAGUGACCACAGGCUUUCAUACAGUUCUCAAGAGGAAUUCCUGACUUAUCUAGAACACUACCAGCUAACUAUUCCAAUAAGGGUUGAUCAAAAUGGAGCUUUUCUCAGCUUUACUGUGAAAAAUGAUAAACACUCCAGGAGAAGACGGAGUAUGGACCCUAUCGAUCCACAGCAGGCAGUAUCUAAGUUAUUUUUUAAACUUUCAGCCUAUGGCAAGCACUUUCACCUAAACUUGACUCUCAACACAGAUUUUGUGUCCAAACAUUUUACAGUAGAAUACUGGGGGAAAGAUGGACCCCAGUGGAAACAUGAUUUUUUAGACAACUGUCAUUACACAGGAUACUUGCAAGAUCAACGUAGUACAACUAAAGUGGCUUUAAGCAACUGUAUUGGGUUGCAUGGUGUUAUUGCUACAGAAGAUGAAGAAUAUUUUAUUGAACCAUUAAAGAAUACCACAGAGGAUUCCAAACAUUUUAGUUAUGAAAAUGGCCAUCCUCAUGUUAUUUACAAAAAGUCUACCCUCCAGCAACGGCAUCUGUACGAUCACUCUCAUUGUGGGGUUUCAGACCUCAUAAGAAGUGGGAAACCUUCGUGGCUGAAUGAAACAUCUGCUUUUCCUUCUUCACUACCAAUUAAUGGCUCGCAUAUCCGCCACAGACAGAAGAGAUCAGUAAGCAUUGAGCGGUUUGUGGAGACACUGGUAGUGGCAGACAAAAUGAUGGUGGGCUACCAUGGCCGCAAAGACAUUGAACAUUACAUUUUGAGUGUGAUGAAUAUUGUUGCCAAACUUUACCGUGAUUCCAGCCUAGGAAACGUUGUGAAUAUUAUAGUGGCCCGCUUAAUUGUUCUUACAGAAGAUCAGCCAAACUUGGAGAUAAACCACCAUGCAGACAAGUCCCUCGAUAGCUUCUGUAAAUGGCAGAAAUCCAUUCUCUCUCACCAAAGUGAUGGAAACACCAUUCCAGAAAAUGGGAUUGCCCACCACGAUAAUGCUGUUCUUAUUACUAGAUAUGAUAUCUGCACUUAUAAAAAUAAGCCCUGUGGAACAUUGGGCUUGGCCUCUGUGGCUGGAAUGUGUGAGCCUGAAAGGAGCUGCAGCAUUAAUGAAGACAUUGGCCUGGGUUCAGCUUUUACCAUUGCACAUGAGAUUGGUCACAAUUUUGGUAUGAACCAUGAUGGAAUUGGAAAUUCUUGUGGGACGAAAGGUCAUGAAGCAGCAAAACUUAUGGCAGCUCACAUUACUGCAAAUACCAAUCCUUUUUCCUGGUCUGCCUGCAGUCGAGACUAUAUCACCAGCUUUCUAGAUUCAGGCCGUGGUACUUGCCUUGAUAAUGAGCCUCCCAAGCGUGACUUUCUUUAUCCAGCUGUGGCCCCAGGUCAGGUGUAUGAUGCUGAUGAGCAAUGCCGUUUCCAAUAUGGAGCAACAUCCCGCCAAUGUAAAUAUGGGGAAGUGUGUAGAGAGCUCUGGUGUCUCAGCAAAAGCAACCGCUGUGUCACCAACAGUAUUCCUGCAGCUGAAGGAACACUCUGUCAAACUGGGAAUAUUGAAAAGGGGUGGUGUUAUCAGGGAGAUUGUGUUCCUUUUGGCACUUGGCCCCAGAGCAUAGAUGGGGGCUGGGGUCCCUGGUCACUAUGGGGAGAGUGCAGCAGGACCUGCGGGGGAGGCGUCUCCUCAUCCCUAAGACACUGUGACAGUCCAGCACCUUCAGGAGGUGGAAAAUAUUGCCUUGGGGAAAGGAAACGGUAUCGCUCCUGUAACACAGAUCCAUGUCCUUUGGGGGCCCGAGAUUUUCGAGAGAAACAGUGUGCAGACUUUGACAAUAUGCCUUUCCGUGGAAAAUAUUAUAACUGGAAACCCUAUACUGGAGGUGGGGUAAAACCUUGUGCAUUAAACUGCUUGGCUGAAGGUUACAACUUCUACACUGAACGUGCCCCUGCGGUGAUUGACGGGACUCAAUGCAAUGCAGACUCAUUGGAUAUCUGUAUCAAUGGGGAAUGCAAGCAUGUAGGUUGUGAUAAUAUUUUGGGAUCCGAUGCUAGGGAAGAUAGAUGUAGAGUCUGUGGAGGGGAUGGAAGCACGUGUGAUGCCAUUGAAGGGUUCUUCAAUGAUUCGUUGCCCAGAGGAGGCUACAUGGAAGUAGUACAGAUACCAAGAGGCUCGGUUCAUAUUGAAGUCAGAGAAGUUGCCAUGUCAAAGAACUAUAUUGCUUUGAAAUCUGAAGGGGAUGAUUACUAUAUUAAUGGUGCCUGGACUAUUGACUGGCCUCGGAAGUUUGAUGUUGCUGGGACAGCUUUUCACUACAAGAGACCAACUGAUGAGCCAGAAUCUUUGGAAGCUCUAGGUCCCACCUCAGAAAAUCUCAUUGUCAUGGUUCUGCUUCAGGAACAGAAUUUGGGAAUUAGGUAUAAAUUCAAUGUUCCCAUCACUCGGACCGGCAGUGGAGACAAUGAAGUUGGGUUUACAUGGAAUCAUCAGCCUUGGUCAGAAUGCUCAGCUACUUGUGCUGGAGGUGUCCAAAGACAGGAGGUGGUCUGUAAAAGAUUGGAUGACAACUCUAUUGUCCAGAACAAUUACUGUGACCCUGACAGUAAACCACCUGAAAAUCAAAGAGCCUGCAACACUGAGCCCUGCCCACCUGAGUGGUUCAUUGGGGAUUGGUUGGAAUGUAGCAAGACUUGUGAUGGUGGAAUGCGCACAAGGGCAGUGCUCUGCAUCAGGAAGAUUGGACCUUCUGAGGAGGAGACCCUGGACUACAGUGGUUGUUUAACACACCGGCCUAUUGAAAAAGAGCCCUGCAACAACCAGUCAUGUCCACCUCAGUGGGUGGCUUUGGACUGGUCAGAAUGCACUCCCAAAUGUGGUCCAGGGUUCAAGCAUCGGAUUGUUCUGUGCAAAAGCAGUGACCUCUCUAAAACAUUCCCAGCUGCACAGUGUCCAGAAGAGAGCAAACCCCCUGUCCGGAUCCGCUGCAGUUUGGGCCGCUGCCCUCCUCCUCGCUGGGUGACUGGAGACUGGGGCCAGUGUUCUGCUCAGUGCGGCCUUGGCCAGCAGAUGAGGACGGUGCAGUGUCUCUCCUACACUGGGCAGGCAUCUGGUGACUGUCCAGAAACUGUUCGGCCUCCAUCGAUGCAGCAGUGUGAAAGCAAAUGUGACAGUACCCCCAUUUCCAAUACUGAAGAGUGCAAAGAUGUGAACAAAGUGGCUUAUUGCCCACUGGUGCUGAAGUUCAAGUUCUGUAGUCGAGCAUACUUCAGACAGAUGUGUUGUAAGACCUGCCAAGGACACUGACCCAUGGAAAGCCAGAGAGAGCGCCUUGUCAUUUCAUCGUGGAAAUGCGUCCAUCAAAGAGAGCCACCCAGAGGAAGAGGAUUGAUGUCCUUGCAAAUGCAUUACCCUGUGGAAAACGUAACCACUGGUCAGCCCUAGCUGACAGGAUUUCAAUAUUAUUUUAACUUCUGUGAAGUGGGAUUUAUUGAUCCAAAGUGCUGGACACGGUAUUAAGGAGGGAAUGCCAGAUCGGAGAGAUCCAAACAACACAGGGAGACUUGCUUACUGUGGAACGUUUGUGUUCUUUCGAGUAAAUCCAAUAGCCUGUUUACCUCCUUGGACCAUUAAGAUAAUUUUUAUUAUGGACUUAGCAAUGACACUGAAUCCAUUUGUAUUUAAAACUGUUUAAAAUGUAGCUGUUAUGACUUGGUCAACUAUGGAAGUAAAGAAGAUUCAGAAAUCUUAAGUCAUAGCUUAAAAAUAUUUACUAUACUCUAUCUCACUACAACAGCACCACAAUUUAAAUUCUAAAACGGGCUUUUAACUGUAAUUUAAGGAGCAAUUAUAAAUCAAAAGUAAUGAACGUUUGUAUUAUUUUUCUUCAUUCCACGUAAUUUCCUUAGGAAUAAUCCCCCUGUUCUGAACACUGCUGUGAGCCAUAUAUAAACUAUAUUAAACUGAACAACAAUGAAGGACUGAGUGUAAGGCAGUGCAUCAGUUACUGCAGCUGUGCAAGUCUAUAAAUCCUGUGCUAAAAGACUGUGGCCAACUUGCCAUCGUGCAAGUGAAGCUGAGAUUUCCAUUAAAACUUUAAGAGAAAAACAUUUCAAUUUCAUGCAGAAGCCAGACCAGGGGGUACGGUAGAGACUGAAGAGCCAGGCCCUUUGCUGCCAUCACACAAGAUGCCUCAGUUCUUCCUCGAGUCACCCCAACUCAAUCGUGUUUACAUCCUCACCAGCCACAGAGCAGCUUCCGCCCCGCUGGAUUGUUGCACGCGUGUUGAGCUUACUGAAACGAUGCCGUGCAAAAGAUAGACUGGCUCAGUAACAACCAGGCAGACCCUUUUGCUGACCAUUGUGAUGGGUUCCAGAUGUCCCUUCUUUGAUAUAGCAGAAGGGCAUUUAUUUAUAUGAGAGCAAGUGUGUGUGUGUGCGGGCGCUUUUGAGUGCAUGGGUUAGAUGAGUGUGCUUGCACAUAAAUGUGCUAUUUCUGUGAGUUUUAAAAGUAAGCAAGGGGUAACAACCAAAGAAGAAAAACUCAUGAAGCCUAAAGACCAUAAAGCAUAAUUCUAAUAGUCACUCAACCAACUAUUUUGUAUUUUUUAUGGAUACUCUGAAUGGCAAUUAAAUGUGAAACCCAAGUUUCUUGGGCAAGUCAAAUUCUAGACUCCAAUCCAGAAUCCUAAAUUAAAUUGAUUAGCUCAUAGUUUCCCUCUCCGCAAGCUUCAUAUCAUGCUCAUCAAGAGAUUCAACAGUGGGAUUAAAAGAGAGAAAAAAAGAGGGUGCUUCUUUAUAUUUUGUACUUGAACCCUUGUAGCUUGCAGCAGGUUCUUGAUGAAUGUGCUCGUGUCCUACAGGUGUGUACACCAUGCUGCACCAACACCUCAGGCUCCAACCAAAUGGGCGACUUUGUAAAGAUACUACUUUCAGCGAAAAGAGUAUGUUUGACUUAAAACCCAUCACCGUGUGCUCAGAAUACACAUCAGGUGUAUCACCUACACUGUGACCUAAGGUAGAUGAUUAGUUUUUUUCAGAAAGGAAAAGAGACUCACAGACUUGAAAAACCAACCUAAACUUCAGGUUUGCUAUGGACAGUCAGCUUGGGAUGUUGUUCUGCACACUCAGUCGUGGUCAUCACUAUGUUUUCACCUGCUUUCUCUUUCAAUACGUUAGCUCGUGUCCCUGAGCUUGCCAGAGAAAGCUACUGACAACACACAAAAAUCGCCAGGGCCCCUAUGUAUACUGCCCUCAGAGGGCCAGCCAGGUGCCAUCUAGUCCGUGAAGGGGAGGCAGCCCGUGAGCCACACGGCCCCGGCACUGAAUUCACUUGGCCCCUUACAAAGAGCAGUUAACUUGGUGCUAAUGCGUCCUGGUAAAAUAAAUAGAAGACGAGUGGUUUCUGUGGCAUUUUAGGCAUAGGUGUCCUGUCAGGAUCUGUUUUUCCCUAACAUAACUAUCAGCUCAUGUUUUUAUUCCAAGAAGAUUUCUUACACUAUUCAGUCCGUUCUUCACCCCACCUGAAAACUAAUGUUGUGAGGGCCGUUGCCCUGGGCCCCCUUGACUGACACUAGAAGAAGGGACAGCUAGUGUUCCCGCAGGAGUAGGCACCAGACCUGAGGCCAGGAGCAGAGAGCUUCCAGGCACCGCAUUGGAGAACUCUGCUAAAGGGAACCAAGCACAGAAUGUAACAGGACUAAACCUGAGUGGGGGAAACAAAUCAUAUUCUGCAGCACAUCACAGAACCGCUGCUAACUCUGUAGUCAACCACCGGGCUACAUGAUGCUCUCUUCCCAAAUAAUAGCAAUAGGAUUGUCAGUGGAGGCUGAGCCACCAUGGCAGGCCCUCCGAAAGUAGCGUGCUAUGUGGACUUAGGGAGCCCCAAGGAAACUGAUACCCCAUGGCUGAGAGCAGUACCUGCCACUGGCAUAAAGCUUGCCAAAAAAGGAAAGGUGAAUAUACCCAACUGAUUAAAGCCCUUGAGAUCUAAGUGACUCCCCCAAACAGUCCAUUUCAUUAGGAAUUUUAUUGGAGUGAAUGUCACAUAGGUAUCCUUAAUAAUACAGAAUGAAAUUACCUUUGUAUUAUUGUGAUUAGUUGUUGCUUAUUAUUUUAUACUCAGUAUUAAUGUGGUACACUGUUACUUUUUUUUUUGCUUUUGUAAAUUAUAUUCUAAUUUAUUGCCAUGUUUCCUAACACUUGUCCUACAUUCAUUCUCCUGCUUGUAAUGAAAAUGAAAAAGUCAUUGUAACACUUGAUGGAGUGAAAUUCCACACCAGGCACAGAUUUUUUUUUUAACAUAGAUAAUUUAGUAAAAAUAAAAAUUCAGCUUGUAAGAAUGUCUCA